GAAGUGCUUUCUCAGCUGGAAGCAUCAUAAUCCUGCUUUGAACGCACGGCUCACGUCGAGCCCAAAGUUGCUUGAAACUAAUUUUUUGUUUACCGUAAGAAAGGUGUAAAUCGUGGAUCAAUAGAGUGAAUUUUAGAUGCUUGAUGGAAAGAAUUGAUCUUCCUCGGUUAUUGGGAACCACACUGUUGCUGUUUUUGUCUUUGCGGAUUCUCUCAAAUUGGCCCGUGCGAUAUCCAGAUGAUUUGUACGAAGUGCUUCGAUUAGAGCAAAAACAUUACAAUGCAACAAAAUCAUCCGUUUGGGGGAAACCUCCGACUCACGUUGGCAAGUCUUUACAUGUCCCUAAGGACGUUUAUCAAAGAAUCGACCAACUGUACUCGUUGCCUGUAGGCAAAGGCGCUGCAUUUCAGAAUUUUACCGGCACAUUUCAUGGGGAUUGGUUCCAAACAAACAUUUCAGAAAGGCCCAUUCACAGAAAUCUCGAAUAACACACGCACAAGCUUGGGGGAAAUCAUUUCUACGGAAACGGGAAAGGCUACUAUAAACGUUUAUGAGUAUUCUAAUGCUACUUUUGAACUCAGUUUUAAUGGCACUUCGUAUUACAAACCCCAGGAAGGAACUCAAGCAUACGAUUUAGAAUUUGAAGGUGAUCGUAUCGAUGAACUUGACUCAUUUCUAUUAACUACCACUAUCACAAGAAACUUCUCCGGUACAGAUACGAUCCCGUGGAUGCUCAAGGGAGUGCGUUUAGCGAAACAGCCGCUAAGAAUUGGUGAAGAAGUUUUUGAUAAGCUACGAAACAAGUCACUCAAUAGAAUUGAAGCCCGCAUAUCAAGGCUUGAGAAUACUGGCAAAUCGUCUCUUUUCUCUACUGCAAAGUCUGAUCAAUCAUCAUGUUCUUUACUUGCUUAUUUGCGUUUGAAGCGGUCUCCAUACGACAAUGAGACUCUCUCUGCCAUAUACAACGAGUAUUUUCAUCCAGAAGGCAUACCUCUCCCUCCGUUACCGCCUAUGCAUAUGGAUGCAGUAUUCUAUUCACCUAACUGCAAUCUUGGAUUUACGUUAAAAAAUGCAGAAGGCGCAAGCUAUAUUCAAUAUGAAGAUUAUCUACUUCAUUUGGCCAGUCUUUUUGUCGUACUUGUUUGCCUUCAGGUUUACUUUUCCUGGAAAGAACUAAAUCAUUUGACUUCCUCUUAUGCAUACAGGCUUUCUUACCUGACGGUUGCUAUGCAGACAUCUACUGAUUCUCAAAUUGCUAUUGGUUUCACGACGUUGUCUCUAAGCAUGACCAAAGGUUAUUUAAUUAUGUACACGUUAGGUUUCCUUUUCAUUUUCUUGUCAGCUUUCCCGUCUGCACGCUCGUUCUUCAUGAUUGUUGAAGCACAGGGCUUAAUUCGCCCUUCUGCGCCUGCACAGGCCGUUGCUGCUGAGGAAGAUGAACAGAAUCAGGAAGGUGAAGAACAUGAACAGGAGGAAACGGUGAAUAACGAAGUCAACAAUAACCGUCAUAGCCGGCGGAUAGUUUCCGUUAUCUUCACUCUGUACUAUGUUUCCUUUUUCGUCAUGUGUUAUGCGUUUGUAUUUGUGCUCACUCGCCCGCAUAAAUAUGCUUUCCGACUUUUGAUGAUGCUAUUGUUCUUCAUGAACUCUUAUUGGAUUCCUCAAAUAUGUCGGAAUAUCUCGCUUGGGUCUUCCCGUAGCUUUUCGUGGUCCUUCAUUGUUGGCAUGAGUGUUUGCCGUUUGGGAUUGCCCCUUAUUAUACUCUUACUUUGUGAACCUGUACUUGGUUUUGCUCCUAAUUAUAAGGCUAGCCUUGCUAUUGUGGCAUAUGUUUUCAUGCAGGUUAUCAUUUUAUUAUUGCAAGAGUCUUUUGGUCCGCGUUUUUUCCUACCUUCAUUCCUCUUUUCUUCCAAAAGUAUUUACGAUUAUCACCCCGUUAUUCAUACUGAGGAUCUCGAAACGCUAGUCAGUAACUCCAAUACUUGUCCGAUUUGCAUGCAGACGAUUGAACUGCCUUCGGAAGGCUCUGCUCUGCAUCCAUCUUCCAUAAUGUUAAGGCGUAAUUACAUGCUCACCCCUUGUCAUCACUUGUACCACAGGCAAUGCCUAAUGCAAUGGAUGGAAUUGCAUAGCAUAUGUCCGAUGUGCAGAUCUCGCCUUCCACCGAUUUAAACCCUUAGUAGUAAUGACCGAAAUGAUAAUUAACGCGUUUAUUUAUGUAAAUUGUUACACUUGAUUAUUCACAUCA